UCGAGCUCGAUCGCCACAUGUCUAAGACAAAAAUGGCGAGGAACCAGAUCUCGCAUUGCAUUCCCCUGCUGGCGAUCCUACUCGCCCUACUACCGCUGACGACGAACGCCGCCCUGGACCAACCGGCGCUGCUGAGGCAGCUCAUGGAGUCUCGACGAUCAGCACGGCGGAGCGUGGGCGUGUCCGACGAGACCGACGGCGGCACGUGGACCGACCCGGUCAGCAGCUUCGGCAAGCUGCCCACGUACUGCGAGUCGCCCGAGCAGCAGGGCAGCAAGGAGGCGGACAGGAUCGCGGCGCUGCCGGGGCAGCCGCGGCGCGUGAACUUCGAGCAGUACGCGGGGUACGUGACGGUGGACGAGGAGCACGGCCGCGCGCUCUUCUACUACUUCGUGGAGUCCCCCUACGACGCGGCCGCCAAGCCCCUCGUCCUCUGGCUCAACGGAGGGCCAGGGUGCUCGUCGCUUGGAGCCGGCGCGAUGCAGGAGCUCGGCCCGUUCCGCGUCAACCCCGACGGCAAGACCCUGAGCAGGAACCGCCACUCCUGGAACAACGUGGCCAACGUCAUCUUCCUCGAGUCGCCGGCCGGAGUCGGCUUCUCCUACUCCAACACGUCGUCGGACUACGACGAGAGCGGUGACACGAGGACCGCAGUGGACUCGUACACCUUCCUCCUCCACUGGCUGGAGCGGUUCCCCGAGUACAAGGGCCGCGACCUGUACAUCUCCGGCGAGAGCUACGCCGGCCACUACGUCCCGGAGCUGGCCGCCGUCAUCGUGGCCGUCCGCGAGCUCACCGGGCAGAACCCGACGAACCUCAAGGGAAUCUUCGUUGGCAACCCGGUGCUCGAUGACUACAAGAACGACAAGGGCUCGCUCGAGUUCUUGUGGAACCACGGGGUGAUGUCCGACGAGAUAUGGGCUAACAUCACCGCGCACUGCAGCUUCGGCCCGUCCGACGGCGUUUCGUGCGAGGAGGCCAAGUCGGCCUUCGACUUCAGGCCGAACUUCGUCAAGAACGCCGGCAACAUAAACCCGUACAACAUUUAUAUCAACUUCUUUAAUCCGCAGUACUACAUUGUUAUAUAUUACAAGAGAAUUAAUAAGUUCCUGAAUAAUCCUAAAGGGAACAUAUAUAUCCGGUGCGCAUAAACUAACAAAGUUCAUAACAAAUUCUGAAAAAAAAAUCAUACAUAUUCUUUCAAUGUUACUCUAAUUGCAUGCAACAUUUCAAGUUCAAAUUUGUUAUAGUUUAGCUGUAAUAAAAAAAGAGAAAAUUUCUGAGAAGUUUAAAUUAGAAAAUCGGAUAAAAUCUUCUCUUUUUUAGUACAGCUAAAAUAUAAAGAAUUUGGACUUGAAAUUUUGUAUAUAAUAGGAGUAGAAUGGAAAUAAUAUGUAUGAUUUUUUUCAGAAUUGUUUAUAAACCUUUUUAGUUCAUAAACACAAUACGUGCACCAAAUACUCAUCCCUUGAAAUGCAUGCAUGCAGCAGUCACUUGUGAUUGGUGAAUUAAUCACACUGAUGUAUGAUUGUGACACAGUUGCCUGGCUACGACCCGUGCAUAGGCAACUACGUCGACGUCUACUUGAACAACCCUAAGGUGCAGGAGGCCCUCCAUGCUCGGGUGAACACCGAUUGGUCAGGCUGCGCGUAAGUAGCUAGUGUGGGCAAGUACUACGUGCCCCCACAGCAAACUGUUUGCUCUUGUCAUGCAAACCCAUUGCGGAUUCGACCUUCUGUCAUUACUGGUUCAGGGGAUUGCCAUGGAACGACAGCCCGUCAAGCAUGGUGCCGACGCUCUCAUGGCUUAUCGACACCGGACUAAGAGUUUGGCUGUACAGCGGCGAUAUGGAUGACGUGUGCCCCAUUACCGCGACGAGGUACUCCGUCAAGGACCUCAAUCUAAGCAUCACAGAGCCAUGGCGCCCCUGGUACACUCCUGCCAACGAG